GUACGGCCGCUGUCCAGGAGGAGGCGGUGGCGUCGUCGUCUGCAUCAUCGCUUCGGCGUCGUCUGCUUCUCCGAUAUAACCCGGGCCCGCGAUCCCGGGCGUUUCAUGGAGUACGCUCGCUCUUGGUACGGGUGGUGGUGUGACGACGAAGACCGGCAGCAUGGGCAGCAUCGUGUCGAGUCAGCAGCAUCUGGACGUGGCCGACCCCAAGACGGGCCUGACGCCCCGCGAGAAAGGGCUCGUGCGUGACACCUGGGCACUGGUGCGCAAGGACGUCAAGGCUAACGCUAUUGCCAUCUUCCUCACGCUGUUUCAACGGCACCCCGAGUACCAGAAGCUGUUCUCCGGCUUCGCGGACGUGCCGCCGGAGGCGCUGUCCACCAACCCUCGCCUGGGCGCGCAUGCCAUGUCGGUGGCGUACGCCAUCACGUCGCUGGUGGACACCCUUGACGACGCCGAGUGCCUGGUGGAGCUGGUGCGCAAGAUCGCCAUCAGCCACACCCGACGGCCGGUCACCGUCACAAACUUCGAGCACACGAUGACCGUGAUCGUGGACACGCUGAAGGACCGGUUAGGAAGCAAGAUGACGCCGGCGGCCGUGGCGGCGUGGGAGAAGACCCUCAGGCUGGUGGUCACCGUCACCGCAGACGUCUACAAGGAGGCCGGCAAGAACUAAGGCCGCACCAGCGCUGCCCCUCCCUCCUCUCUCGCAUCGGCUCGCAGAAGACGCGAGCAGACGACGUCGUCACCUCUUGUAUACACUGCUUCAAAGCGCGUGCAGACGCUGGUGGCUUCUUCGCGGUUGCGACCGUAGAACGCGAGUCUUCGAUGCUCCUCGGAAACGUCACGGUUGCCGAGCUCUUCUGGUUAGGCUUAGCAUGCGCAGGGCACGCAUUUUUUACGAGGGCGUCGUAGGAUCGAGUGUAUCGUCCCCGCUGAAAGCACGCGUGUGUUACAUAGUCAAAUGGGACAGCCGCGGUGUGGUGGCUGUUUGCCGCAGUCGUUGUCUGUGCCGAGUCUGGCACAAUCGCUUGUCUGACGGCGUAUUCGGCAGUGGAUCCCGAUAAUGCACACUAACGUGACCGGCGCAUGCGCAUUCGACUCUCAAGGCUGCGAUGGGAAUAGUGCUGCGAAGAACACGGAUGAGGUGCGAGUCGUGCAUUUUGUGUGCGCGGUAACCGUUUUACUGGAAGUGCUCUCGCUUUCACAGUGUAGUAGGUGACGGGCAGUCUUAACAGCCACGGGGUUUUGCACGGUUAGGCUGUUCUUUUUUUUUUAUUGAGAUGAAUAUUAGGAGAGGUUGGCGCCUUUAUGGUGGCACCGGCUACUCCUUCUCACUUGGCAAAGGAAACAAGUUUGCGUAAAAAGGGAGAAUAUAGCGACAAGAAAGAUGGCACUCAGUAGAACACUGGAUGAAUAAAAAAUAUACAGUCCAACAGUACAUGAGUCGCAAAGUUCUGUGCAUAAGUUCUUUGUUCGGUUUGAAGGCGUUGAAGCUACUAUGUCUAUGACACUCAAUGUUACAGGGGCAGUGCAGACCUAACUUGAGCACCGUGCAGGCGCCAUGUUGUGGGUGUUGUACGUAACCCGACGCCUCGCUGCGCCGUUACCUACAGUAUACUGGGUGUCCCACGUAACUUGUGCCAAGAUUUAAAUAUAUGCAGUUGCAGCUGGACAGAACCAAGGUGAUUUUGUUUGCCGUCGCUAGAAGCAAGUCAGGCCAAUUUUUUUUAUUUCGUCUAAUUGCACAAUUAUUUAUUAUUAGGUAACCAACUACUCGAACAUAAUAUUGAGAGCAAAAGUGUGAAUGAGAAAUUUGUAGACUAUCCUCAAAAAUUCCCGACCAGCUUUUUUUCUGUUGCUUUAAUGCGUGCUACAUAAAAGUUUUUUUUUUUUCGAAGACUUAAGAAAGUCCGCAAAACACGAAAAAUUACCGCUCGACUAGUCGCACGUAUUCAAUUGGGCGAAAUACCAAAAAAAAAAGAAAACAAAGGUCUGACUUGCUCCAAGCGCCAGUAAACAGCAUUACAUUGGUUCUGCCCGGCUACGUGGCACUGGCAUUUUUUUUCUUUUCGUUUUGGCGUAAGUUACGUGGGGCACAUGGUAUGCGGUUAGCUACUGUGAAAAUUUAUCUGGUUCAUAUCGGCCUUAGGCGUCAAGAAAAGUUUUCAGAAUGUUCAAAUUGGUGCUGAUAUAAAUACUGUAAUUUGAACUCGAGAGUACCGGUUACCUUUAUAACGCGUAAACGAGAACCUUAAUGAAUGUUACCGUGUUCAGUGAAUAUAUGUGUGGGUCAAUGAAAGCUAUAAUAUAUAUGCAGUCUUACAGGUCGAAGUGCGCGGCAACUCUUUUUUCUUCUUUUGUCUGGAAUGGUAAUCUGAUGGCAACCGAUGAUCUGAUUCCGGUAUAUACACGUGUACCGUACCGCAGGAAAUCAGCGCGCGGACCAACACAGACCAAGAAUGAAAAGACACGCCACUUCGCGUUUUCUCGGUCCGAGGUGUUCGUUCGCUGGUUUCCGACGAUGCGACCACAACAGCUUUAGCAGGGGAAAAAGUUUGGGCGUGUUGGUGGGAUACAUACAAACUGGGAUACAUAGCGCAAGAAUGACACAGGGACAAGCGGGAACACGGGUCGACUGGUAACUCUCAACAAUCGAUUUAUGGCGGCUGGUGAGUACAUAUAUACUCACUGGGACGCCACUGCAACAGACACACUGAAGGGAAGUGAGUGUAUAUAUGCUCACCAGCUGCAACAAAUCAAUUUUUGAAAGUUACUGCCCGUCCCGUGUUCCUGCUUGUCCCUGUGUCAUUCUUGCUCUAUGCAUCCCAUUUUCUACACGCGAGCUUUGCCCAGGUUACCGUUUUCCUACGAUAUAUAAAUGCAAAUCCCAUAAGUUGGUGCAGAGAGAUUGCCGAAGAUGGUUCACGGUCGGUGUUCGAGUGUAACUGUUUUGACUUUCUAUGAGAAAACGUGUUACCAACUGAGCGUAUAGAAGUAAAUUUGUAUGUGCAACGUCGGCUGCAUGGGGACUGCCCUGGUGAAGAAUGUGUUUUUGCUACGCCACCUUUAUCUCAUGCAGAGCAAACCUAUGUAAUGUACGUUUUUUUUUGUUUUUUCUUCUCCUACUACUUCUUCUAUCGACGUACAGCAUCAUACAUGCAACGCGGUCAUCGCUAUUUAGGUAUCGUUCAAGCAAACAAAGUCUUCGUCUACAAAACUUAUCGCCCAGUACAUCGUUGCGAUUUUUCCAUUGCAUCCUCCAAGAUGGGCGGCGAGCGUUGCAGAUUUCGGAGGUUAUAUAUGGUUUCAGCUACCUAUCCUAAGGUGUAGGCUGCAAGCUGCAAAGGUCAUGGCAAUAAAAGCCCUCGCGUAAUGAAAGAGAACACGUUUGCAAAAUUUCCCUAGGAAGAACGACGCGGCGGUGGCUGUUUGGUUCCAAAUGUACCGUGUCGCAUUUUUUUUUAUAGCAUGUCCUUUUGUAUUUUCUAAUGACAUUUUUCUUUUGCUUUGUUUCUGAGCCUUCCUGUAGGUACACUCUUACACAUGCAAGCAAACAGCUGCACCAGUGAAGCAUUGGGGCUGUCAUCGGCUUUAGCAGGCGCCCGUAUUUACACGCGAGAACGGUUCAGUUAGCGACCCAUAAGGACUUUUUUAAGCCAACAUUUCUUUUUUUUCUUUUUAACCACUAAAUAUACACAAGUUUCUUGAAACAUAAGUUACGUGCGUUGUUUCAGUGGUGUCGCCGAAUAUCGUUUCGUGCUAGAACCGACAGGCGUGGACCUAUUUUACAGCGCUUUCUGCUGCAGCGCGCUGUGUAGGGAUCGCCACAGGCCCGCCUUCGUUGUGCCUAGAAUGCCUAGUGCCUAGAAUAUAUUUCUAGGCACUAGAAGUGCCUAGAUAUUCUAGGCACAAAUACCUAUACUGAAUCGAGAGCCAGCGGCCAUCCAACUGCCGCCCGCCACUCACACGGCGUUCUGCCGAUGGUCCGGGAACCGCUUAGUGCUAUUUAUUUGAAAUGUUGAAAAAAAAAGGAGAGAGAAAAAACGUGUUCUGGUCUGUCUGUCGUGAACUGCAAGAACUGCGGCGAUAGAGACCUGAGGGUGUGUGAUACGAGACUUGCGGCGGCCGAGGUUCGUCCGCCUCGGGUGCACGAGCAGCGCUCACAUUUACGUCCGUUCGUCCUGCACAGCCUUGUUCGCGAGGCGAGCCCAAUAAGGUCUACCGCCAGCGCUGGAUAGCGCAUUGUCGGCAAUGACUUCCAGGCUAACGCCAGCUGCGCAGCAACCGGACAGCGAUACCGCCACAGAUAACGCGGCACGUUGAACUUUUCGAUGAGCUCGCAAGUCAACGCCAGGCCCUUCCCACGCAAGCCCGACCGACAUGCUCGAGCAACUUCACUUUCCACAACGUCGAAGUCAAACGUGGUAUAAUGGCGUUGAACUGAGCUAGUUGGUUACGGUAACUACGGCGAGUUUGAACAGCUGAACUGAAAAAAAAAAGGGGGGGGGGGGUGAUCAAGGGAGGCAGACAAGGACGUCCCCUAAUUUUUUCAGUUAAGCUGUUCAAGCUUGUCUUGGUGGGACAAUAUACACAGGCUGGCACCGCUAGUUUUCUUUCUGCGCCGCGAUUCAAACAGCAGGCGCUCGGCCACUUGAAGUAUUGCCGUACACGCGAGCGAAUACAUAUUAAUCUGCGCUGCAAGUAGUCGGAAGCCAUCCCCAAGUUAUUUGAUCAGCGCUGUCGAUAAGAACGACGAGGUCUGAAUCAACCACAGCGGUAGGAACAGGUCGCAAACACGUAUUUUCUGCGCACAUGUGCACGCCCUAUUCGGAACGAAGUUGUUACACACACAGUUAACGACAACAGGUAGGCACGACCGUAUCAGCCUUCCAAAUAUAUCGCUCUGCAGACUAGAAUAUAAAGAGUAAACUCAAACAUGGGGUUACCGUACUCGUCGCCUUCGGUCGAUAGGCUUGCACAUUAUUAAGACUGCAGCGCAGAUAGGACGGAUGAAUGAAAGGUGUUUGCACUGUCUCUGCAUUUUAGGCCAAAAUCUCUUUUCGUCUACCCACUUAAUAAGGCUCACCGUGGUAGCCUAAAUAGCGGCUUUCUGAGCCAUGCCUGCGGCCGCGGCGACCAUUGUGUAAACAAGCGAGGAAACACCUAUCAGAAUUAAGGAGCUCAAUGGCGGGCGCUGUCACGUGAUCAAAUAUGGCGGUGCCCAUGGAUUUGGUGCUGUAAAGGGUCUGCAGAUAAUCUGCGACGUUUUACCCUUUCAAAAAGCGUUUCGUGAUUACCUAAAGCCUAUCUCGGCUGUCGUCUUUUAUUGUCUUUGCUAUACCGUGAUCGGUUUAUGCGCCGUGCAAAAUGAAAUCCUACCCAUACACUUACGAACACUUCAAACGAAGCAGCAGUGGGAGGCCUCUCUGUCCAGCUCGGACCUGACAACCCAGCGCAGCCUGGUACAGCAGGCAAGGGCAGCAGCACAGGCCACAGGGGCUCUGAAAUGAGUUCUCCAUCCGCUGGCCAAGUCUUCGACAACUACUUCUUUCCCUUCGAAAUAAAUGUUUCUACUACUACUAUGCGAGAAAAGUAACAUGAAUGCAUGAACAGAUCCACGAAACUUCUCUCGCGUGAACACGACUUCUGGUCGACCAGAGCGCUGGGCGGAGGCUUGGCUGUUGCAUAUUGGCCAACAACUUUUGUUUGAGAACUUUGUUUUUAAAGGAUACUUCUGCCUAGAAUGGAGUAUUCGCUGGCAAGCGAGUGCCAUCACAUUAAAGAAAAGCGCUCUGCCAUGUGAAAAAGCUUCGCGUCUGGCUUCUCGGUCCAAACAGAAUACGUCGCCUCUUUCGCGGUUUCCGUUUCCGCUUCGACGCCGCCGCCUAGCGGACGUUGGCCACAGCACAGACGGGAACGAGGACGCAGACGAAAUGAAGAAGUUAAACGUAUAGCAGACGACUGACCAAAGUAGCAGGGACGAUUUUUUCUUAUGCCCGCACACGGCGCCCCUGCGCUGUCCAGACUUAAUGGCGUUAUUAGCCACGGCCGGAUGGGGAACGGGCGCUGGCCGCCAACGGAGAACUAAUUUCCUUUGCGAUGACUCAUGCGUGAAUUCUUGCAGCCGGCGCAGAAACGAGAGGCGGAAAAACCAAAAGGCACAGUCUCCCAGAACUGUACACGCAGUCUAUCGAAGAUGCAUAUAUCGUCCGACUUUCCACUGUCAUUUUCUUCGUGGCAACGAGACCGUGAAGGAUUUAAUUAUUUCGGCUGUGGCUGCGCACUUUAUUUUCAUUUCCAAUAUGGUGUCUCUCCGAGUGUAAUGUGACAACCCCGGCUUAUACGUGUCUUUCUUUUUCCUGUCCGCUGUGUGCAUGAAAAGUUACAUUUGUUAUGACGAACCUACUUCUUUUUACGUUUUAACUAGCCUCGUUUCUCUCGCUCUCUUUCCCUGACUAUCAAGGCCCGAUUUAUUACGCAACGAACACCCGCGGCUCAAAUAAAAAAUUUAUUCAAGCUGUAGGCACAUGGCAGCUGGGGUGAAUUGCGAGGCGUACGGAACGUCACAGGAAUUACCUGUCGCUUUUUUUCCGGGCAGUGGCUCUUUUCUUUUGACGAGAACAGUGAUGCAAAACGAAAACAUUGGUAACGCAUUGAAGUUCAACAGAGCACCAUAAUGUGUUGAUACACCACGACCGCCGUACUGGUACAGGUAAAUGUAAACGGCGAUAGUAUAGUUUUAGCGCUGCUAGCGGCUUCUUGUGACGGUUUGUCCAACCGCUACAAUGCGUUGGAAACGUUUUUAUGCGUUCUAUGGGUGUUCUCGUUUUUUAAUGAUUACGCUUCAUCAAACUGAAACGUGUUUGGUCAUUGCAAUAAUAGCUCUGCGACACCUGGUUAAACUCUGCUCGCUAACAUGGCUCCAACAACGCAGCUUCAGUACAGUUCACCACAGCCUGCCCGCAAACGUGCCACCAGCGCAGCGCACUUUUACGAAAUACCGGAACAUCGGAAAAGCAGACGUGCUCGGCAUGGUCGGUGGCACCAUCGUCUCACGCUGGCGUCAACUAGAGCACACAGAACUAUAAAUGCGGCUACCAUGUACCGUGCAGCUGAGUGGUAUCUAUCUGAGUGGAUAGUGGCAACUAUCUUUUUCUCCCUUCUGUUAGAACAGUAAUGCGAGGCAAGAACGUUUCUAAGGCGCUGCGGUUGCAAAAAGCCGUCAUAAAAUGGCGCUUCCCAGCACUGGCACUGCUCUCCCCUUCUCCGGUGUUCCGUGUAUUGUGGCAAGGCUAAAAUUCUGCAAUGACUGUCGCUAUACAGCCAUCCUGUACGUAGACUUGUAUUUUUACCCCUUGGAACCACUGACGAACGAUGGCAGUUCGAAACGGAAAUCGGCGCGUUUCUUAGCUGUAUAGGGUUCGGCGAGGCCUACAGCAACAGGAAAAUAGGAUUUGAUACGCGCUGUGUGUUGCCUGCAAAGCCACGUGAGAGUCAGCGCACGCGCUUUGGACGUGAAAAUUGGGCGUACUUGGACACGGCACUCGCUGAAAUGACAGCGUGACGUCACCGGUAGGACGCUCUGCGUAUUGCUCGACACCGAGCGGUGGGCAGUGAGCAAAUUUGCCACGAUGGCCUCCGAAAUUGUCCCGCACAAUGGUAUGGUCUCAGUAGCAUUACCACGCGCAGGAGUUACUCGUGAACACUAUGCCUGCACCAACGCAUUUACUCUCCUAAUGACAAGGGAAGACGUACAAGCUCGUGUUGUGAGAAAUAGGCUACGAAUUUUUUUUCCCCCUCUUGUGCGGCCGGCUUGCAUUUACCGAACCGGAAAUUUCGCAUCUCGUAAAAGUCUGGGGCCAACAGUGCACAUAACCCGAAACUUGAAAUUUCGAGUUGCAACUGCUUCUACAUAGAAACGAAGUUCGUAUUAUCGGCAAGCAUCCUUUCCGGAAUACGUGUUUAAUGUGUACGUGACCACUGCUUCGAAAUAGCGCCCGUCAGUGGGCCAUUUAAUUCAUAUCACGCAGCUUACGUUUAGAGGACAAUGCGAAAGGCCAGAGGAGGACCCUGUCAUUAUGUGUCAGUUUUUGUUUGCGGAGCUGUCGUUGCUAACGGCUUCUCGGGGCAUUAAUGAGUACAAAUUAGGCAUGUGUUGUUCUGUUUAGUGUAAUGCCGAUUGUUUAUUGCGCUUUUGUUGUUGUUUUGUUUAGUGCUUGCCUGCUAUGUUUAUUAACCCACAUAAAACAGCGUGUUUGUUGUAUAAAAUUUCCAAGACCUGUCUAUACAUAAAAUUGCUCUAUACUUGAAAUAAAUAAUUGUUUUUGAAGAAAAAA